AUGGCGCCAACCAACACUGUGAGCUGGUUCGACCUACCAUUCGACUUGGUCGGCGGGGUCGCCGACCGGAUCACCGGUCACGCGGACUUUGCGCGCUUCCGCUCGGUGUGCCCGUCAUGGCGCUCGGCUUCGGCGGUGCACGCCGCCCGCCGCCGCAUCCCUCUGCUCCUCGUGCCCACCGCCGGCUCGUGGUCCCUCGCCGACGGCAGCAUCUCGCAGACCCCCAUGCCUACCUCGAGAAGCCUCCCUUUCCGCUUCGCCAGCCUCUCCUUCCGCUUCGCCUCGCCGCGCGGCUGGGCGCUCAGCGUGACCAUAGACUUCGCGGUCACGUUACAGAACCCCUUCACCGGCGCGUCGGAGAGCCUGCCGGCGCUGCCGUCCCCGUUCCGCGUCUAUCGGAGCACCCUCCAAAACAUGUUGUGGGAUCGGUCGCCGGACGCUGUCAUGGUGUCGCCGGGGCCGGGCAAGGGCGCGUACUUCUGCCGGCUGCCGGCUCCGGACGGCGGAUCGUGGAGCCCUGUAGCCGGAUGCUCGCAGGCUGCCGAUACCAGCAGCAUCACCUACUGCGACGGCACGUUCUACCUCCUGGACGGGCGCACCCGCAGGAUCAUGGCCGUGGACGGCACAACCUUCGCCGUCGCCUCCGUGAUCGAGCCACCAGACAUGGUCGCGCCCUCGCCAACCCGCUCCUGGCGCACACCUGAGACCACGCUUGUCGCAUCAUCCGGCGAGCUCCUCCUGCUCGUCAGGUCGCACCUCCUGUUCAAAGCAGGAUGCCGUGCCGACUCGGAGUCGGAGGGUCUAUUCAAGGCGUUCCGCGCGGACAGCCGGAGCCCGGCGGCCGGGUGGUCGGAGAUCGCCGGUGGCGACAUCGGCGACCGAGCCGUGUUCGUGGACCACCUCCGGGGGUUCUGCGUGGAGGCCAACGGGGUCAAUGGGUUGCGGAGAAACUGCAUGUACGUGGCCAGCACGAACUGCCUGGUCGACGACGAGUGCGGGAUGGACGUACUCUACGGGGUGUACAGCGUGUCCGUGCUGGAUCUCGCCGACCUUACCACCCAAAAUCUCUCGCACGGUAACUUGAUGAACUGUCGCUACGGUAGGCAUUUGCAAUGGCCUACCUGGUUCAUGCCAAAUCUGCAUUGA